UUGGAAAAAUAAAACUAAUAAAAUUUUCUAAAUUUGUAUUUGUGUAAACACUGUAAACAGCAAAUCUUGUUUACAUCAUGAGUUCCAUGGAUGAAAUAGAGGAAGAAGCUAAAGCAGCUGCAGAAAAAAUGGUCAUGAACAUGAUGCAAAGACCUGGACAGCUUGAGAAAGUAGAGCAUUACAAGAAAAGAAUCACACACAAAAAGGCUUCCAUAGAAGCACAGUUAAAAUCUGCAGUGCAGGGGAAGUUAGAUGGAGUAAGUGUCGGGUUAAAACAACUUCAGGAAUGUCUUGAUGAUGUGCAAGAAAUCAGUAAAAAAAUGGAUGAACUAGAGGAAUUACUGAAAGGAGUGCCUCCACUUGUUGCUACUCUCCAAGCAGUUCGAGAGGAAGACUUACGACACUCCCAGUAUGUCACUGCCAUGGAUAGCUUGAAACACAUUUUUACUGUGCCUGAAAGUGUAGCCAAAACUAAACAAUGGAUAGGAGAAGGGAAACUUUUACAUGCACAUCAGUGUUUGAAUGACUUAGAAAAUUCUAGAGAUGAUCUGUUGCAUGAGCUACAUAGACUGCCCAACCAAUCAUCUCAUGACAAAAUUAUGUUGAAAGCAUAUUUUGAAGAUGUCGAAAUAGUUUCUAACUUACUGGAGAAACAGAUUAAACUAAUCUUAGCUAGAACACUGAAUACUGUUAGGAAAGAGCCUACUGUUAUCGUGACUGCAUUGAGAAUUAUAGAACGAGAAGAGAAAAGGGAUCGAAUGGCAUUAGAGCAACAAGUACAGUCUGGCUUCCUACCGCCGGGACGACCGAAAAAUUGGAAAAACAAAGCAUUCGAAGUGCUAGAAUGUGCUGUAGCCCAACGGAUCGAAGGGACUCGUGUGGACGAGCGGGAAGACAACAAGCUAUGGCUCGUUCGCUACUUAGAGUUAACGCGACAACUAAUUUUAGAAGAUUUGAGGGUAGUCAAAACUUUGUGCGUGCCUUGUUUCCCCCCACAUUAUGACAUCGUUACUAACUAUGUCAACAUGUAUCACACAUGUUUAUCAGCCAGUUUACAAGACGUAGUACAAAGUGGCAUCGAAGGCAAUGAAUAUGUUACACUAUUAUCUUGGGUUCUAAACACGUACCCAGGACAUGAGUUGAUGGGCAGCCCAGAAUUGAAAAUAGAUGUGACAACGCUGCCUCCCUUGCUGAGUGAUGAUGUGAUGCAAAGACUUCAAGACGAGUAUCUUCGGAAAAUGGAAAGUAACUAUAUGGAGUGGAUGGAGAAGACAUUGGAGUCUGAGCGCGCCGAGUGGAGCGCCAACCGCGCGCCCGACGUGGAGCCGCACUCCAACGCGUACCACACGCACGCGCCCGUCAUCAUCUUCCAGAUGAUCGACCAGAACUUGCAGGUGACGGAGACUAUCAGUAAAGAUAUUACAUUCAAGGCUUUACUGUUGAGCAUCGAUCAAGUGACGCGCUAUGGCAACAUGUACAGGGAAGGUGUGAUACAAUUCAAGAACGCGCAUUUCUCGGACCGUUCCCGCGUGGUGUACUUCACGCACCACAUGAUCACGAUCGUGAACAACAGCGAGCAGAUGGCGCGCCUGGCGCAGCAGACGCAGGCCCGCCACUGGCCGCCCGCCCUGCACGACCCCGCCGCCGAGGCCAAGUUCGACAACAUGCUCGCCACCUUCAACAAUUUGCGAGACGAAGCUGCUAAAUUUCUUCUUGAAGAAGCAUUCCUCGACCUUGAAGUUCAUUUUGAUGACCUGUUCACUUCCAAAUGGCUGCCUUCCAGCAUUCCAGUAGAUACCAUCUGCAUUACACUCGAUGACUAUUUCCAAGAUUACAACCAUUUGAGAGAGAAAAAUUUCGAAUAUGUGAUAAACGAAGCUCAGAACUUAGUUUAUAGGAAGUACAUAACGGCAAUGUUGUCCAAGAAAAUGGCAUUCAAAACUGUUGAGGAAGCACAACAAGCUGCCAAUAAGAUAUUGAAAGAAGGAAAACAAAUACGGUCCUUCUUCAAGAAGAUAGCGCCCGAGGGUGUUAAUGUAGAUUGGCCAUUUGAAGUCAUCUCUAUGCUUGCUGAGGUGCUGCGGUGUCAAGACAUCGAGAUGUUGUCGCUGGACCUGCACAGCGUGGUGUCGAAGUGCGCGGACAUGUCGGAGGAGCAGCUGGCGCGGCUGGUGUGGCUGCGCGGGGACGUGCCGCGGGCGCGCCUGCGGGACACCGUGGCCGUCGCGCUCGCCUCCCGCCCCGCGCCGCGCCCCACCGCGCACCCCGCACUCUUCGCGCACAUCACCUUCAACGACAGCCUGCUCUCACACUUCGCGCGCUGACCUUAUGUCUUCGCGCAUUUUGUCGCACCUUAUACCCUAUACACCCAUUUAAAUUAUAUUAUUUAAUAUGAAUAAAUACUUUAAUAAUAA